AUGGAUAGUAGAGAGCUCUCCACUCUGCUCACUCACUACAGCUCAAUUGAUGUCGAUGGGGACUAUGAUGUGGAUGGUGGAAGAGACCUUGAUAUUUUUGACAUUAAUGAAGCGGCAGGGCUGAAUCUUGUAGAGGGGGACAUUGUGCUUGAUGAGAGGCAAACUCGAAACUCCAUAAUAGGAGACCAGUACAGGUGGCCAAAGACAAUCCCAUACUACAUGGAAGAUGACUUAGAGAUCAAUGCAAAAGGUGUGAUUCUGAAAGCCUUUGAGCAGUAUCGGCUCAAGACCUGCAUUGACUUCCAGCCUUGGAAUGGAGAAAAAAACUACAUUUCCAUAUUUAAAGGGGGCGGCUGUUUCUCCUCUGUGGGUAACCGGCGAGUUGGGAAGCAGAGUUUAUCAAUAGGGGCAAACUGUGACCGCAUCGCUACCAUUGAACACGAGUUUCUUCAUGCUCUGGGUUUCUGGCAUGAGCAGUCCAGAGCAGACCGCGAUGACUAUGUCAGAAUCAUGUGGGACCGCAUCUCAGAGGGUAGAGAGCACAACUUUAACACCUACAAUGACACCACCUCCAGCUCUUUGGGUGUACCCUAUGACUAUGGCUCCAUGAUGCACUACAGUAAAAAUGCCUUUCGCAAUGGCACAGAGCCCACUAUCGUCACCAAGAUCCCUGCAUUCAGUGAUGUUAUUGGCCAGCGUAUGGAGUUCAGUGACAGUGACCUGCUCAAGCUCAGCCGCCUCUAUAACUGCACAAAGAGCUCCACAUUCCUGGACUCAUGUGACUUUGAACGUGAGAACAUCUGUGGUAUGAUCCAGGGUGAAGGGCGUAAGGCAGACUGGCUCCGGCUUUCCCAGGCUGCUGGAGGGCCCAACACUGACUACUCCAACAUGGGAAAAUGCACUGGCUCUGGUUAUUUCAUGCACUUCAGCACGGGCACAGCCAACAUUGGAGAUACAGCUUUGCUUGAGAGCAGGCUCCUUUACCCCAAAAGAGGUUAUCAGUGUUUGCAGUUCUUCUACUACAACAGCGCCGGCCCCAGCGACACACUGAAGAUCUUUGUCCGAGAGUAUGACCAAGCUAACCCCAAUGGAAAACUGCGCCUUAUAAAGAUAAUAGAUGGCUCCCCUCAGGAACUUUGGCAACUUCACCAUGUGAGUCUAGACGUCAAAACAAAAUUCCGCGUUGUCUUCCAAGGAACCAAGGAGGGCUCUGGACCCUCUGUAGGGGGUCUGUCCCUGGAUGACAUUAACCUCUCCGAGACCACCUGUCCAGAGUUUAUAUGGCGAGUGAAGAACUUCAGUCAUGUUAUGGACACCACCCCACCAAACACAGCUAUCUACAGCCCCCCCUUCACCUCUAAGGAGAACUACACCUUCCAGAUGACGUUGUAUCCCAGUGGUAAGGAAGGUUACCCUGGUGAGUUGUCCGCCUAUGCUAAUCUGGUGGCCCGUCAAGGGGACACCGGGCAGAAAUGGCCAUGCCCCUGGAAACAGAUAACCAUGAUGCUCAUGGACCAACACCCACACAUACAAAAGCGCAUGUCCAACCAGCGCAGUGUCACCACAGACCCCAACCGGAAGGCAUCAGACUCUACAGAGUUUUUCUGGGAUGACCCUCGUAAGGUGGGUGUUGAAGUCACAGAUACAGAUGGGUCCAAGUAUUUCCGAGGGCCAGGCUCCGGCACAGCAGUGUAUCUCACCCACCUGAGAGCCAAGAGCAGGGAUUUUAUCAAGGGAGGAGAUGCCAUCUUUCUCCUUACCAUGGAGGAUGUUUCCCAUCUGACUGAGAGCCAGCCUCUGCCUCCCUCAACCCAGCAACCUACCACAACCCAGCAACCUACCACAACCCAGCAACCUACCACAACCCAGCAACCUACCACAACCCAGCAACCUGACAAUACAACAACAACAACUCCUUGCACUAACAUAGAAUGUUUGAAUGGUGGAGUGUGCCUGGUGGAUGAAGAGAGGGCUUCUUGCAGGUGUGUGGUGGGUAAUGACUGGUGGUACUAUGGGGACAACUGUCAGUACAGAGGCUCCACCACGGACAAAACCAACCUUGCACUCGCCUCCUCUCUGUCUGUACUGGGAGUCAUGCUGGUGAUUACAGUGGUCUGUGUCGUCUGUUUGAAGAAGAAGUAUAAGAAACGCAGUAACGACGAUCUUGUCAUGGCAAACGUGCAUGCAGGUGGCAAUGCAAGAUGAACUUACCAAUGACAAAUUUAAAAACAGAAGUA